CCUCCAAACACAACAGCUAGGGCUCAACUCAGGCUGCUGCUUACCAUUACUAUUGAUUGCCAGCGGGCUGCGAUGCAGCAAUGCGGCUGAAGCAAUCAAUAUAUCGCAAUGAGUGCGACGUUAGCGAUCUGCAACACUUCACCACCUAUCUGCCAUGCCGCGACACGCCUUUACUGCGGAGAAGAGUACCAAUGGCAUCCACUACUUGACCGCUGGACCUGCGCACAGCAAACAAGGCUUGGUUUGUGUUCAUGGCUGGGGAUGCCGGGGUUCCGACUACGUCUACAGUGUUCAGCACCUUCUCCAACAUGCGCGAGGAGUUCGCGUCAUCGCUCCUGACUUGCCCGGACAUGGCAACACUACAACAGCCGUCUGUCCCAAGGCGACCGUCACUGGCUUCGCUACAAUGCUUCUGGAGUUGGUGCGAGAAGUUGGUCUAGACAAUGUCGUUCUCGCUGGCCAUAGCAUGGGCUGCAGAAUCAUCCUAGAAGCCUGGCAACAAGCCGAACAUCAAUCUGCCUUUUCCGACGUCACAAUCAAGGGUCUUGUCUUCCUAGAUGGUAGCCACUACAAGCUGAGAAGUCUGCAUGCCUUUGACGACAAAGAUCCACGUAGUCGUGGCAUGACGGCGGAGGAGAAGGCGGCAGCCAAGACUCGGGUCUAUGAGAGCAUGUUCUCUGCCAAUACACCCGUUGACUUUUGCACGAAUACGCUUGCUCAACUCGAUAAGUUGGACAAAGAGUAUACUGCCGCGAUCCGUGUCGACUUCCUAGAUUAUGAUUACACCCGGAUGGACGACGCUAUGGCUGAGCUUGGUCGGUCAAGCACACCGGUGGUUAGUGUCACGAGUACAGAUAUCGGUCCCGACAAUGAGCGUAUGCCAGUGAGGUCGGAAGUGCCGACGAAGUUCAUGCGGUAUGUGGCUGAGAAGGUGCCGCAGGUGCAGAUGAGGUCGGUGGAGAGGAGUGGGCAUUUUCCGCACGUUGAUCAGCCGGUUGUCAUUGCGGAGUGUAUGAAGGAGCUUGUUGCGGAGUGCGGCUUCGGCAAGGAGGAAGGAAGGUAGUUGCUUGAGUUUGGACAGCGUCCGGUACCGCACAUUCUGCGAGAGUCGCUACUUGUUAUCCAGGCUUCAAAGUAGUAGGCCUGCGUUUCCAUGCUUGUUUUGGGUAUACUCCUGACCUCUUGGCGAUACGACUCAUGCUUGUAACAGACCCGCAUCAGGCCUUGUGCGGCCUUAGCCAUGAUAAGGUACCGGUGAUAUUAUCUACGAAACUAGAGGCACUAUAGCCAUGGGCGAGGCUGCGUCAAAAUGUGGUAGUGUACCAACCCUUGUGCUCCAGAGAUGAUAACACAGGCGCCCGCGUUUGUCAAUGGUGAGGUUUUACGGCGGGCGCCGCAGGCGGAUCGGUACGAUGAGGGUAUGCGCUGGCAGCGCUUAACGACCACAGUCGC